AUGAGGGCUAUUGAAGGGAUGAAAAAUUAUGAGUUCGGAAAUGUUGCAAGACUAAGCUUGGUUCCUGGAGUAAAAAUACCGUAUAAGUUCAAGGCGCCAGAAUUCGAGAAGUACAAGGGUGAUACAUGCCCUAAAAUCCAUCUGGCCAUGUAUUGCAGAAAAAUGGCUGCGUACGCAUAUGACGACCAGUUACUCAUCCAUGUUUUCCAAGACAGUUUGGUUGGGGUAGCAUUAAACUGGUAUACCCACUUGGAGCCCUCUCGAAUCCAUUGUUGGGCAGAUCUAGCCGACGCCUUUGUAAAACGGUAUAUAUACAACACGCAUGUAGCACCGGACCGUCUGCAAUUACAGAAUAUGGGAAAGAAAGACAAUGAGACCUUCAAGGAAUAUGCCCAACGGUGGAGAGAAUUGGCCACACAAGUGGAGCCGCCUUUGUUUGAAAAAGAAAUGGUGGCAAUGUUCGUAAAUACGCUUCAGCCACCAUUUUAUGAAUAUAUGGUAGGGAAUGUGUCCGCCAAUUUCGCUGACGUCGUCAUAAUUGGUGAGAGGAUAGAGAUUGGGGUGAAGAGCGGGAAGAUUGCAAGUGGUCCAUCUACGAUGGAGAACUCUAAAAAGAAACCUUCUUUCAAUCCAGGAAAGAAAAAAGAAGGAGACGUACAUGCAACAUUGGCAAUGCCUGUAUGGAGAGGUCAGGCUCCUUCUCACAAUUAUAGACCAUACUUGGGCCAACCUCCACAUUCGGCCAAUGCGGCUUUUGCUCAUCCAAUUAGCCCUCAACAACAACAAGGAUUCUACCAAUCACAACCCGUCAUAAGCAAUGCUUGGAGGACUGGGCCAAGUGCAAAUCCAAAUCCGAAUGCAGGUCAAGGCGGUUAUCCGGGAAGAACCCAGGAAAGAAACUUUGUCCACUUCACCCCCAUCCCCAUGACUUACACUGAAUUAUUACCUCACCUCGUCAAAAGGGGUCUGGUUGCUAUAUGUCCAAUGAUACCCCUACAGCCUCCGUACCCUAGGGGUUAUGAUGCAGAUGCCAAGUGUAGUUAUCACGGGGAAGGCGUGGGUCACUCCACUGAGAGGUGUAUGGCUUUCAAGCGUAAAGUGCAGGCCCUAAUUGAUGCGGGGUGGCUAAAAUUUCAAGAAGAUAAACCUAGCAUUGAUACUAAUCCGUUAUCCGGACAUGGUAAUGCCUCGACAAAUGCCAUUGAGGUUAAGAAGCAUGAACUGAUAAGGGAUGCAAGUAAGAUCCGAAGUUCCAGAAGGUUUAUUUUCAAGGAAUUAUUAAAGUUGGGAUUUUUAAACGGGGAUUAUGAUUUGGAAAGAGCAUGUGGACUCCAUCCAUGCACGGAACACUCUAUCGAGGAAUGCGUUGAAUUCGAAAAGUUCCUACAAGAUCUGCUUGAUAAGAAUUUGAUGCAAGCGUGCUAUGAAGACAAGCAUGAGGAGGUGUUCGCACAAACUGGUAUGGAGCCAGAUGUAGCUUUGCCAGAGCCGUUGAUAAUCCGCUUCACUCGAACCACCCUUACACCAGUAAUUCAAGGAAGAUCACCCUUUGUCAUCCAUACACCAGUUCCUUUUCCUUACAAAAGCGAUAAAGCUGUCCCCUGGAGGUAUGGGACACAUGUAGUCGAUGAAGGACAGUGCAUUGAAAGCCAUUUCUCUAGCCAGGAUCCAGUUGUUGAAAAUAUAUCAGGCAUCGGCGGAAUGACGAGGAGUGGUCGAAUCUUCACGCCACCAAAUUUGACGGGAAGAGAAGCUAGUAAUAAUGAAGCACCAAUGGAUACAAAUACUAAGGAGCAUUUAAAGGGGAAAGGGGUGCAAGUAGAGGAGACCUCUGACAAGGCAGACAAGAAAGAAAUCUCUGAGGAAGAGGCCUGCGAAUUUUUAAAAUUCAUUCAACAGAGUGAAUAUAAGGUGGUGGAGCAGUUGAAACGCAUGCCUGCUCGGAUUUCCUUGUUAGAAUUGCUUAUGCAUUCUACCUCUCAUAGAAAGUUGUUGAUGAAGGUACUCAGUGAGGCUCAUGUCGAGCAUGGUAUUUCGUUGAACAAGUUUGAGGGUAUCGUUGGCAACAUCAUCGCUAAUAAUUACCUCACCUUUACUGACGAGGAGAUACCCACUGAGGGGGAGAGGUCAUAA